AUGCCUCCAAAAGAUAACUGGGAAAAAUAUGAUAAACCUAUCGAGGAAAAGGAGGAGGAAAAGAUUGUUGCCCUUGACGAAGGUGACAUUGCAUUACUUAAAACCUAUGGCCAAGGACCCUACGCCAAAGAGUUAAAAAAGAUCGAUAUAGAUAUAAAAGACAUACAAAAACGUAUUAAUGAAAAGAUCGGUGUUAAAGAAUCAGAUACCGGACUUGCCCCGCCAAAUCUUUGGGAUAUCCCUGCAGACAAACAGAGGAUGCAAGAGGAACAGCCUUUACAAGUAGCCCGAUGUACUAAAAUAAUUCAAGAUGGUGAAAGUGAAGAUGCAAAAUACAUUAUAAAUGUAAAACAAAUUGCAAAAUUUGUUGUCGCUUUAGGUGAACGUGUUUCUCCGACAGAUAUUGAAGAAGGAAUGCGUGUUGGUGUUGACCGCAAUAAGUAUCAAAUUCAAAUCCCAUUACCUCCAAAAAUUGACCCAUCGGUGACGAUGAUGCAAGUUGAAGAAAAACCGGAUGUCACUUAUAGUGAUGUUGGCGGCUGUAAAGAACAAAUUGAAAAACUUAGAGAAGUGGUUGAACUACCAUUGCUUCAGCCCGAGCGUUUUGUCAGUUUAGGUAUUGAUCCUCCAAAAGGUGUACUGUUGUAUGGGCCUCCAGGUACUGGGAAAACAUUAUGUGCUCGUGCUGUGGCUAAUCGUACAGAUGCAACGUUUAUUCGCGUUAUCGGUUCCGAACUUGUUCAGAAGUAUGUUGGUGAAGGUGCACGAAUGGUUCGUGAAUUAUUUGAAAUGGCACGUACAAAAAAGGCUUGUAUCAUUUUUUUCGAUGAAAUUGACGCUAUUGGAGGUGCACGAUAUGAUGACGGUGCCGGAGGUGAUAACGAGGUUCAAAGAACAAUGUUAGAAUUGAUUAAUCAAUUAGAUGGCUUUGAUCCACGGGGAAACAUUAAAGUUUUAAUGGCUACAAACAGACCUGAUACUCUAGAUCCUGCACUUUUACGUCCGGGUCGUUUAGAUAGAAAAGUCGAAUUCUCUCUACCAGACUUAGAGGGUCGUUCGCAUAUUUUGAAAAUUCAUGCCAAAAGCAUGUCAGUUGAACGUGACAUUCGAUACGAGUUGAUUGCGCGUCUUUGUCCGAAUAGUACCGGUGCUGAGCUACGUAGUGUUUGCACUGAAGCGGGAAUGUUUGCCAUCCGAUCAAGAAGAAAGGUUGCGACAGAGAAAGAUUUCCUGGAAGCUGUUAAUAAAGUCAUUAAGUCCUACGCAAAAUUCUCAUCAACUCCAAGAUACAUGACUUACAAUUAA